GCAUGAAGGUCGAAUGAGCCGCUCGGAACCAUUUUUUCACGCGUCGGUCUCCAGUGGUUAAGUAAUAUGGUACGUAGACCAGCUCACCGACUCCCGCGACGUGCGUUGUUUGCGCGACCGGAGUCUGAAUGCAAGAGGAUGUGGUGAAGCGAACGGAUGAUUUGGUCAAGAAAAUUGGACAUUUACUUCGAAUUUGGCCUCGGUUGGGGCUUCGAGACUGCCGGGUUGGAGUCCCGAGGAUGAUGAUCGCGUGUGAAUAGAUUCAGUCGAUAACAUGUCUAGAGUCCGUCCUCAGCGAUUUUGUUUUGUGGGUUUCCUUGACUCUUACCAUCGCCCUAACCCCCUCCCUACAAUUAUGAGCUCGCUAGUGCGUAGUAAAAAGAGGCAUAGUAUUAAUUUUUUUUACUUUUUCUUAUUUUACGACCGGGAUAUGACUUCUAAAUUUUGACUCAUCAUUUUGACUUGCAUAGCAUUGGGCAUGUUGGAGUUCCGUUUGAGAGAAUCCAUCCAGCACCUGGUAGUCCACUUCACAAGGUGGCGCUGAGCAUCCCUUCUUUUAGGGUGUGACUGCAAAACCCUACAUGACCCGUCUGCGCGGGAGCCCACCUAACAGUAGAUGUACGGAAAGUUGUUUUUCUAAAGUAACGGUUCAACUCAUCAACAGGUGAAUUUUGGUUCAGUUGUAUUCUGUUUACUAGAGGCUGUUGGGUUUAAUGCAACUCUUCCCACAACACUGGUGCCCUUGACAAACCGGGAUAUAGCAAUCUGUUGCCUCCCAUAUUUGCAUUUUGCGGGAGGUAGACCAUCGACAUUUUCAUAGGCUCCUAUGAGAGAUUCUCGAAACCGAAUUUAACAUAACUUCAGCCAUUCACAGGUCUAAAUACCUUCUCGGUCGAUCACAUCGGCACGCAUACCCCCAUACUGCCUUGGAGUCUGCUCUCACCACAGUGCUAGGUUGUUCACGAAAAUAUGCAUAUAGUUUCUUUAGAUUGCGACUGCCUCUACCAUGUUUUUAUCAUGCUAUUUCAUCCGCAUGCCACCCGAACCGUACGUGGUAUUCUCCAUACCGUUCUAACAGAAAGACGGAGCCAUUCGUACAUCAAUCUACAACUUCCCAUCCCACUUUCAACUGGAACGCUUAAUCGAACCGUGGAAGUGAGCCAAGCGCCCCAGACAACGAGUAUGGCAACAUCGAAGCAUGCGAUCGCCAGCGAUUCAACUGAACCCGUAAAAAAUCAGCCAUCUCCUGAGGGUGCUGCCUAUACAUCCGACAACAACCGAAUUGUGGAUGGUCCUGAAGAUAGAUCACCCAUGAAGUUUUGUUGGUCUCCUCGGUUUCCCCCCGAUGGUGCUGCAUGUUAUGAAAAUUCCCCACCCAACACUAGUGUGCCAUCAUCUCCCACAACAAAAUGUGGUCAGGAGUUUGACUUGCUCGACUCAAGUAAGGGAAAGUGGUCGAUACUGCCAACUCCCCUUUGCAUUCAUCAGCCGGACGGAUCGCGCAAAAUUUGUCACCGCAUCUUGAAUAAGCUCCCAGCAUCAUCAACUCAUAUCAGCACAGCUCUUCAUACUGACAGUCCAUCCACUACACAAGCUUCGGAAGUCUGUCAAUCCCAUGUUUCGUGUGUCUCAACUGUCGACCUCCCUGUUGAUCAAAUCCGUCAUGCUUCUGAGUCGGCCGCUCUUGUGGAGAAUGAUCGAAGGGAUUAUCAUGUCAACAAAGUACCAAUGUCACUCGCCUCUACGCCACAAGAUGUCCCUGCCCCUCCCGUCACAUCCACUCCUGCACAGUGUUUCGUUCUUAAUGCGGCUGAAUGUUCAGGAACACAUGCAACCUGCAAUCGACCUGCACAAGUUGGUUUGCAGCAGAACGUCGGCAUUGAUGGCCUAUCUGGUAACCUAGAUCCUUUUAUGCAUUUGGUUCAGCGACCGCACCAACUUUCCUCACCGUCCUUAUCUACCCCCUCUCCUCCGUUGGCCCCAGCAGUUCCCCUUAGGGACCCCACAACCGUGCUUCAGCAAGACUGUCAGCCACAGAAUGCCGAGCACUUUUUAAUCGAUAUGAAGCAUGCGGCGCUCACUACACCUAUCUGCUCAAGUGAUUUGGCCUCCAACCCUCAAUCAAAUUCAGUUCCGACAAUUUCAGACCCAACUGCAACACCCGGAUCUAGCCCGAAUCCGCAAGAGAGUGCAGUCAGGAGUCCAGACACUUCAAAUGGGUACCCGCAACAUCAAGCGGGUAGUGCUUGCAAUACGCCAACUCGGAAAUCUCCUUUUUCAAUUUUGAAACCAAAUACCUAUCACCUUACAACCGACACAACAGUUCCGGAUGCCGACGUUGUAGCCAUUCCACUAAACUACACUAAAACCGUUAGUCUGCCAAAACACACAAUCUCAACGACUUCAUCUGAUGGACGCACUGUUGUUCCAUGGUGUUUGGGUACUAGAGAACUGGCGGAAAAUGGUAUCCACAGUCAAAGUAUUGCAGAAGAGGAAUCUAACUUUCUGACGGGUUUCGUUUCUGCGUCCUCAUCCUUUUAUGAUUCAAGUCCUCAGUGGAUUCGACCGGAUCGUCUCAGUCCCAGCGAACACAUGUUAUCUGAUGGCUCAAAAAUACUGAGGAGACAACGGUCCCAUGGUCAAGCCGAGGAUCCUCAACUGGUGCUAGCCUCGGACAAUACCUCAGCACACAAUAGCCGCGUUUCAAUAGGGCACCCGAAACAUCCGACUGAUGACUUUAAGAAGCAGGGUAACGGAGUGCUUCCGUUUUCGAGGACCGUUUCAUGUAGAGGUGAACGGGACGCUUAUGGACCUCCUGUGGCACUUAACACAGAUUCUUCUCACCCAAAUAGCCAACCCGCAGAUCAGGGUCAAGGUCAAAGACGACCCAACCGAUUAGGCGAGGAUGAACUAUUCUACAGGCAACUCAGCGCUGGUCCCUCCUUCAGCGUCACAUCUACGAAACCAGACUCAUCUUCGUCAAACAGUUUAUCCAUGAUAACUGACAAUACAAAACCGUUACGUUCUCCUUCUGGAACACAACCCCUAAGCACUGCACCCUACUGUCGCCGACGCCAUACCACGGAUGAAGUGACCAAUGUUCGUAAUAAACAUUUGCAUGCGUCAACCGGAUGCAGCGGUAAACUCCCGCAGAUGCAGGCCGGUAAACCCCAUCGUUUGCUAAAUACUGGACUUCUUGCCACCGACCUAAGCCGUAUUGGGUGGCAUUCGGAUCGUUCAACUUUUGAAAUGAGCCAAUUCACCAAUUCUGAUUUCACAAACAGCUGCAACUACGGAGAAUCUAGAGUCCCUGGCUAUUCGUCUACCAUGACUCAGUCCGUUUUAUCCCCUCCCCAUGCGCCGUGGGCUCCUUGUCAGAACAUUCCACCCAGACCGACUCAGGCGUUCUCGGUGUCUGGACGUCGGCGACGCGUUAAGACCGGUUUGGCCCGCUCCCACAGUCAACGCAAGGUGGAUGAAUUUGAUGUUCACCCUUUGACAAACGAGACGGUUCUGGACCAUUUCGGACAGGAAGUUUCUACUGCGAACUAUCGACGCAUUGCGAGUCAUACUGUUCCUAUACAGUCUAUUGACAAUGGAGGAUCGUGGCCGACCGUACUCGCUCAGUGGCAUCACCCGAAAACCAGUGUAAAUUGUUUGGACGGCUAUUGUGCGCCGAUAAGCGAACGAAAGAUGAUGCGCGAUCAUCUAAGCACCAAAAGUGGGCGUUCGUCGCAUGACCUCCGUUCAAAUGAGAGUGGAAAACUAGCUGCACCACAUUGCCGCAGUGCUUCCGCUAUUUUCGAACGCCUGGAUAGAGAGCUCUGGUUCCACUUCGAUUUGUCAAGGGCAAAUGCCGAAUGCCUUCUCAAAUCCGCUCGCGCAGGAAGCUUCCUUGUUCGACAGAGUGAGACCAACAAAUCCGAAUACUCGCUAUCCAUCCGGAGAGAGACCGGUGUGCUACAUAUGAAAAUUUCGCGCGAUCCCAGUUCCGGACAAUAUGUCUUAGGUGAAUACAGUCAACCUUACCCAAGUAUUUCCGCGAUGAUCCAUCGCUACACAAAGAGUCUCCUCCCUGUACACGGGACCACCCCAAUUUUGUUACGAUACCCAGUCGAUAGGAGAGUUCCACAGCAACCGACACCAUGAUGUUACCCUUCGUCCAGAGUCAUAAAAUUCCUGUUUGACUCCACUGCAUUUCUUCUCGGGACUCAUCCGAGUUUUUUGCUUUGCUUUUAUUUAUUUUGGUUUCAAUGUUCAACUUACCUUCUCAUUUCGCCGAUCGCUUUCAGGACCGCUGUGUGUUGCGUAUUUUUGCGGUACUGUGAAAUUGUUGAAGAUGUGUUCCACACACACACAUUCAUAUAAUUUCUUGCCAAUCAGCGCUGUCUACGUUUUCGAUGUUGUUCCAUCUAUGCAUUGGUCCUUCUGUACACUUUUAUAUUGUCUCUUCAACGCUAUCUCUCUUGAAAAUAAAAUACCUAAUGACAUUGA